AUGUCAGCAUUAUUAAAGAGUAGGAUUGCAAGGACAAGCCUUUUAAAAAAGAUUGUACCAAAUGUAGAGGAUAUCAUUCCAAUGUUUAAGAAUGGACAGAGUAUUGGAUGGUCAGGAUUUGGAGGAACAAACUAUCCUAAAAAGGUACCGAUUGCAUUGGCCGAUCAUGUAGAGAAGAAUAAGUUGCAAGGAAAGUUACGAUUCAAUCUAUAUGUUGGUGCAUCAACUGGUGAAGAGACAGAGGAUCGUUGGGCAUCACUCGAUAUGAUCGAAAGACGCUAUCCACAUCAAGUCGGUAGCAGGUUACGCAAGGCCAUCAACUCUGGACGUAUGCAGUUUGCCGAUGCCCAUCUUGGAAUGUUUGCCGACGACAUUGACAAGGGUUACUACACAAACGGUCGACUAAAGAUGGAUGUUGUAAUAGUGGAGGCAACAGAGAUCCUGGAGGAUGGAGGUAUUGUGUUGGGAUCAAGUGUUGGCAUGGCUCCAGAGUUGGUCAGUAUGGCAGACAAGAUAAUCAUCGAACUCAACACAGGUAUGCCAUCAUACAAGGGAGCGCAUGACAUUACGAGGAUCGCCGGUCCACCCAGCACCAAGCCAUUCCAGGUGACAAGAGUCGAUGAUCGUAUUGGUACCAUCGCCAUACCGUGUGACUCUGAAAAGGUUGUGGCCAUUGUCGAGUCCCAGCUCCCAGACAGCACGCCAGAGUCAUCAGGUGAGGACGAGAUGUCCAAGGCCAUCGCACAACAUAUCAUCCAGUUCCUAAAGAGUGAGAUUGAUCGUGGACUCAUGCCAAGCAACCUAUUCCCAAUCCAGUCGGGCAUUGGAAACAUUGCCAACGCUGUGAUUGGAGGUAUUAGCAAGGGCCCAUUCGAUCAUGUCAACGUAUGGACUGAGGUGAUCCAAGAUACCUUCCUGGACUUUUUCGAGAAUGGCAAACUCAACUAUGCCUCGACAACAUCGUUGAGAUUCUCUCAAGAUGGUUUCCAACGAUUGUAUGAUCACUGGAAGUUGUACUCUUCAAAGUUUAUCCUGCGCAAUCAAUCAAUCUCAAACAGUGCCGAGUUGAUCAGACGUCUAGGAGUGAUAUCAAUGAACACACCAGUGGAGUUUGACAUCUAUGGCCACGCCAACUCCACCUGUGUGCUCGGCUCCAAGAUGUUGAAUGGUAUCGGUGGCAGUGGCGACUUUAACCGAAACGCUCGCAUAUCAAUCAUGCACGCCCCAUCAGCACGUCCAACAAAGUCUGACCCACUGGGUAUCACCAGUGUCGUUCCAUUCUGUUCACACAUUGAUCACACCGAGCAUGAUAUUGACAUCUUUGUCACAGAGCAGGGCCUGGCCGAUGUCAGAGGUCUCAGUCCAACUGAACGCGCCAUCAAGAUCAUAGAACGUUGUGCUCACCCCGUCUACAAACCCAUCUUAAUGGACUACUUCAAGACCUCGCAACAAAUCUGUGUCAAGAAAGGAAUGGCCCAUGAGCCACAUCAACUAGACAAGUGUUUCAAGAUGUAUCAGCAUCUUCAAGAGAAAGAUACCAUGAGGAUAGACAAGUGG